UCUGGUUUGGCUUCUCACCUUAUAGGCGGGUUUGAUUUCUCAAUGCAAUUAAAGUACCAAGUUGAAAUACGUUUCUGGGAAGAAGAUGCAGAGAGCCUGGUUGGUGAUGGUGGUUGUUGCUUGGUUGCAAGUGCCGCCACUUGUAAGUUCACUUGAAAUCGGCUUCUAUGCUACAAGAUGUCCCGCUACGGAGCGGAUCGUGUCGAGACUCGUAAGGUUGGCAUCUCGCCGUGACCCAACAAUGCCACCUGCUCUUCUGCGCCUUCACUACCAUGACUGCUUCGUUGGAGGCUGUGAUGCCUCCGUAUUGCUGGACAAUGUUCCUGGCUACCCACUACCUGAGAAGAUGGCAUUACCCAACCGGUGUCUCAGAGGCUUUAACCUGGUGGAUAUGAUCAAGAGAACCCUUGAAGUUGUCUGUCCAGCCAGAGUCUCCUGUGCUGAUAUCCUAGCUCUAUCUGCAAGGGAUGUAGUCGUCCUUGCUGGUGGCCCCAGUUGGAAGGUUCAAACCGGAAGAAGGGACGGCAGAUUGUCCUCUGCUGUGUUGGCUAGAAUCAGUUUGCCUCGUCCUCAGUUUAGUGCAGUUCAACUUUAAGAGAAAUUUCCUCUGGCAUGGUAUGUCCGAGGCAGAGAUGACAGCACUCUAUGGGGCUCAUACCAUUGGUUCGGCUCGCUGUGUGUCCAUCUGGGACAGACUUUACCGAUAUAACUUCAAAAAUGGAACAGAUCCAAGUAUUGAGAAAAACUAUGCCACACAACUCAAGAAGAUACGUCCGAUAAGCAGUUAUAAUUCGAAGAUACGGGUGCCUCUGGAUCCCAUAACACCCUUUAAAUUUGAUAACAUGUAUGACAAAAAUCUGAGAACAUGGGUCAUGAGCAAGCUUUUGAUCAGGUAAUACAUGACAUUUUAACUUCAGAGCUCAGUAGCAACACAACUCUGUGGGAGAGCAGCUUCCGUAAAGCCAUGGUUCAUUUGGGCAAUCUCCGUGUAAAGACCGGGUCACGUGGAGAAAUAAGAAGAAACGGCCGCCGGAGAAAUUAAUCACUGCCAUAUUCACUUGAGACUGUAAAUCUUUCUUCAGGAUAGUGUCUAUACUGGAUAAAAUGUUAUUGGAAGAACCAUAAGAAUAGACCACCAACUUAC